CAUUUAUGUACUAGACUGCAAACCAAAUCUACUUCAUUGAAUUUCUUGGUGCGCCGUAGUAAUGGCGGACAAGACCAGAGGAACGACCCUGUUCGUCUUCUUUCGUUUCUCCGCGUUCUUGUUUUGUCUCCUCCUAGCUCCGGUUCCGACAUCGUCACACCGUCCCAAACUCAGGUUCGGUCUGAACGGCGAGUUCAAGAUUCUCCAAGUUGCCGAUAUGCACUUCGCAAACGGCGCAACUACUCGCUGUCUCGAUGUUCUUCCUCCCCAGAAAGCUCACUGCUCCGACCUCAACACCACCGUCUUCAUGUCUCGAGUCAUCGCCGCCGAGAAACCUGACCUCAUCGUCUUCACCGGUGAUAAUAUAUUUGGGUUUGAUGUUAAGGACCCUGUGAAGUCAAUGAACGCUGCUUUUGCUCCAGCGAUUGCCUCUAAGAUCCCAUGGGUUGCUAUAUUAGGAAACCAUGAUCAAGAAUCUACUUUGACACGACAAGAACUGAUGAAACACAUCGUGAAGCUUCCCAACACUUUGUCUCAAGUGAACCCUCCUGAGGCUGCUCAUUACAUUGAUGGGUUUGGUAACUACAAUCUCCAGAUCCGUGGAGCUGCUGAGUCCAGUCUACAGAACAAAUCUGUUCUCAAUCUUUAUUUUCUGGACAGUGGAGAUUACUCUAGCGUUCCUUACAUGGAAGGUUAUGAUUGGGUCAAGACUUCUCAGCAGUUUUGGUUUGAGAGAACUUCAAAACGUCUCCAGAGAGUGUACAACGCAGAGCCUAAUCCUCAGCAAGGUACAGCUCCAGGACUAGCUUACUUCCACAUUCCAUUACCAGAGUUUUGGAGUUUCGACUCAAAGAACGCGACAAAAGGAGUGAGACAAGAAGGAACAUACUCAGCUUCCACAAACUCUGGUUUCUUCACAACGUUGGUAACUAGAGGAGAUGUGAAGUCAGUGUUUGUGGGUCAUGACCAUGUCAACGACUUUUGUGGUAAACUCAAAGGUUUGAACUUAUGCUAUGGUGGUGGGUUUGGUUACCAUGCGUAUGGUAAAGCUGGGUGGGAAAGGAGAGCUAGAGUUGUGGUUGCUGAGUUGAAUAAGAAGAAGGGAGAUGUGAAAGCGAUUAGGACAUGGAAGAGGCUUGAUGAUCAGCAUCUCUCUGUUAUCGAUGCUCAGGUUCUUUGGACCAGUUCUGUGAACGGAUCAGUUGCUUCUCGUUUAUGACUAUAUGUGGUUUGUAUGUUUUAUCUGAGUACAAUGUUUUGAGUUUGGUAGAAACUGUUUUGGUUUCAUAUUAGUUUGAUGCAACUUUGGUUUGAUU